AUGGCUUCAAAUUCUUCUUCUCAAUCAAGCCAAGGAAAAGUCGGUAAGUUUCUACAGUUACCUCUGUUUUAUACUACAACCAUGUACCAAGGGUGUGUUGAAUGAAAUCAGGGACAUAGCUACUAAUGGGAAGACUGUUAGACAUGGCAGAUGCCUGACGUUGCAAAUUAAAUAUUAAAAUACUCCGUCCAAAAGACUCUCGCGGCCUUGCAUGCAUGUUUAGGCAAAAACUCCGAACAAAAUAUUAAUAAACCAAAAAAACUUUCCUGAGAAUUGUUAAAUAGCUGCAAAAUCAAUGAGAUUUAUAUCUUCCUGCAAAUGUAAAACAUUCCUUUACGGCCUCGCAAUACCAAAAUAAUACUUUCCUACAUUUUACAGGUCCAUAAAAACAAGAAGCUUACAGAUUGAAUAUUUUUCCGGGAAAAAUGACGCGGCAUAUCAGUUCCCAAAUAGCCCGUAAAAAAUUUACCUUUUGCGAGAAAUCAGGCGCGCGCGUUUCUAGCGUGCUGACAGUUUUUGGAAAGAACUUCCGCUUCUUUUGCAUUAUGUAUUUCUAACGUAAUCGAAGGCAAUUCGAAAGUUGUUUCCAUUGUAUCGUUUCAAUACUUCACGGGCGUUCUUUACAAAGCUAGUUGUAUUCCAGAUUCAACUCCUUUCUCGCCUAAUCCUGUGUCAGCGACAAUUUAUUUUUUGUAGUCAGCCGUCUCCGUGGCCAGCUUGCUCACAAAUAAAUAGCGCAUAUGCAAAGAAUUAACGCAACAAACAACAGCGCUCAAAAUGAAAUGAAAAGUGAAAAAUAUUACAACCAUUAUGUUUGCUCUCACGGUAGAUAUCUUAUACCUCAAAGAGCUCAAAGGUGCCGCAUUUCAUUUUCAUGACAGUUAGCAAGCUCUUCUGCAAGAUUCAAGAUUUAUAUUGGGAAAUGUUCACUGUGACACAGUGAGGCUGAAUGUCUGUUAAAUCAUUUAUAUAAUUUAAUGUAAAAGGACCUUAAUGUAAAAACGUGAAUUUGUAAUUGAUGACACGGAAAUGAGUAGAUUCACGCCAGUUUUAUCCAUAAGCCGUCGAUUUUUUUGAGCUGUUUUAUCUGCUCAUUUUCUAUUUUGAGAAUUUUUAAAUUUAAAUCUGACAUUUGCGGUAAACGUGACAAAAUCUCCCUUUUUUAUUUAUCAUCUAUUAUUUUAGAAUGACCAGUUGGGAGUUGUUACACACAGUAUCUGCCGGUUUGGGUGAUUCGCACGCGCGCAACACGCGCGCUCAAAUAUAAACUCGUUCACUAGCUUCUCUCCUUUCCAAAAGAUCGAAUUCGUUACUGAGUACCGUGGAGCCUCUAUUCAGGGGACACCCUCGGGACCAAGUUAAGUGUCCCUUGAAUAGACGUUGGGCUGGGUUUUUUAAAUAAUUAACCGACAAAGACAAUAUAAUAAAAUCAUCAUUAACUUAUCGCUGCGACAUGAUAUGCUGAAUUCAUACUGCAAGUGCAGUACAUCGAAAUAAGUGAGAUAAUUCAUCAUUGUGUUUUGAGCGCUACGGUGUCCCCUGAAUGGAGGUCAAAGCCAGGUUUCAAAACGUGUCCCAUUCCAGGAGGGUCCCUUCAAUAGAAGUAACAGAUACAAAGAUCAUGUGGACGUUUUUUGUGUCCCCGAAAUGGAGGUGAUCUUUGAAUAGGGGUGUCCCAAAGCCGAGAGAGGUUUCACUGAAAUAAAGUGAUUUAUCAAGAUGUCUUUGCUCACUAGGUUUCGUAACAAGUAUCGGAACUUGUCAAAGUUGCUGUAAAGAGCUCACAACGUAUCACAAGCAUUGGAGUUGUGAAGACGAUCACAAAACCUGCAAUGACUGUUACAUGGACCUGCUCUUUGAGGCACUACAUGAUGGUGGCAACCAAAAGGAAGUACAGUGUAUAUGUGAGGCCACACUUCUGCCGAUCAAGCCAAAGGUACCUGACCAUGGAGAGCACGUCUUUAUUUACGUUGAUGAUUCCAAUAUGUGGAUAGAAGCGAAGAAACUUGCGGCUAAGCAAGGACACUUCAAAUGUGUAGAAGACCCGAGGUUGCGCAUGGACAUGGGAAAAGUUGCUGAAUUUGUGGCCAAAGGCAGAGAAAUUGCCUGCGAUAACCUGUAUGGAUCAGAACCACCACCAAUAGACACUGUGUGGGAGACAAUGAAACGAUAUGGUUGGGAAGUUAAAGUAUCAAAGAGAAGCCUUUUUACCAACAAAGAAAAACAGGUUGACCACAGAAUAGUGAAGGAUAUAACCGCUUUGGUUUCCGAUAGGAGCGUCGCCAAAGGAACAAUAAUCCUCGUCAGUGGAGAUGCUGAUCUCAUACCAGCAAUAGAAGAAGGUCUGAGUAAGAAAUGGUCCUUUGAAAUAUGGAUGUGGAACAGUGGCAUAUCAAAGGCACUUAAAAAGCUAGAGGAAGACCAUCAAGAAUUGAUGUUAAUUAGCUCGUUAGAUCCCCACCUAGAAGAUAUCUCAUUUACUAAUUUUGAAUUAAGUGAAAAACAAUUAUCCUCAGAGCAGAACAAUCGAACUGCAGUUAUAUUGAAUUUCCUUGAAACUGACGCCUGGCAAAAAGACCUAACCGCAAAGUUACGCUGGCCUUUCCAGUUCUGUUGUAUAGGAACAGACGUUGUUCUUGUUUUUUCGCUUGUGAAGCCCAAAGACGACAAGAAAUUUUCAUCUCAUUUUGACGAAAUAUUUGAACAGCUGCAAAAAGAGUAUCCAGAAAGAGUAGUACUUUUUCCAGCCUAUCGCAAAGAAGUUCCUAAAAAGGAAAAAAUAUCCUUCACCAACACGUAUGAGACGUUAGAAAAUGCAACUGAUCAACUAAGCUUGAGCAGCUAUGAUGACCGUUCUGGAAGAAGUGAAAGUCAGGCAGAACAAGGCCACCUCAAUCAAGAAAAUGACUUUAACCACAAUAUCCCUGACAAUGAAUUUCAAGUUGUCCGAAGGAAACAACGCAAGAAAACCCAAAAGUUUUCCGAACGUUGUGAAUAUAGCUCCAAUUGCAAGAGUGGCUUGAAUUGCACACACUGGCACACUAAGGCGGAAAAGAUUUACUUCAAAAACCCUUUGAAGCACAAAGAAUGUAAGUACAAAACCAGCUGCUGGAGUGGACCGACCAACUGCAAGUUUGCACACUCUGAUAAAGACAGUUUCUGUCGUCUAUGCCAUAAUUGGGGACACUUGCGGGAGAAGUGUACAAAGCAGCCCCUUGUACAGUCACCAUCCACUACAACUGAAAUGAAUUGA